AUGGAUAUAAAAAGUGAUUGUGAUAGCUCCUAUCAUCAAACGUGUCAGCCGAUCCUGUCACUGCAAGCGCUGCUGAAUUUCGACAGCCCGUGGAAGAACCUUGUGGAACCGAUCGCGCCAAGAUCCCGCUCGCGGCACCUAGGCGAUCGCUAUCAGGUGCUGGAUUUUAAGGACGAGCCAAUAGCGUACGUUGACAACGAGGCCCGACCGCAAGUGCUGCUGUGUCACGAUUUCAAGGGUAACUAUCUGAACGACAAGUACAUCAACGGCGUGCAAGGUGAGGGCCAGUGGGUGGACUACCGGUUCUACAACUGGGCGGCGAUAGACAUUUUCUGCUACUUCAGUCACAACUUCGUGACCGUUCCGACGCUCCAAUGGCUGAACUGUGCGCACAGGAACGGCGUCAAAGUGAUUGGAACACUGAUAAUCGAGCAGCAGAACGCCCAGCUCCUGCGGGAUAUCCUCCAGUCAGAAGAAUUCAUGUCCCGCGUGGUUGACGCUCUCGUACGCGUGUCGAAGGUGUGCCAGUUCCAUGGAUGGCUGCUCAACAUCGAGUAUGGGUUGGAUCCGUCCAAGAUCGACAUGCUAUGUGACUUUGUGCGCCUGCUGACAGAGCGGUGUCAUCGAGAAAUACCGGGUAGUUUGGUUAUCUGGUACGAUGCGAUCGCCAAAAGUGGCCGGGUGGACUGGCAGAACGAACUGAAUAAUGUGAACGAUGCGUUCUUUUUGGCUUGCGACGGAAUCUUCCUCAAUUACGCCUGGAACCGGCAAAAGUUGGAGCGCACGGAGAACUACAUUCGCAACUACUGCCCUGAGCGCCGGGUGGACGUGUUUGUCGGCAUCGAUGUAUUCGGGCGUAGCCAAAGAGCCCAAAUGGAUACGAAUGCGCCCCUCGAGCAGGUGAUGGCAUUUCGCUUCUCGGUCGCAUUGUUUGCACCCGGCUGGACCUUCGAAUCACUUGAGGCGAGCUCCAAUCGGGAUCUGAUCGAACCCGACGACCGCAAUGUGCAGUUCCUUCAGAUGAACGAUCGCUUUUGGAACCGAUUGUGGCGCCAUCUGUACAUCCGGGGUCCGCUGCAGCUUCCUUUUUAUAGCUCGUUUUGUCUCGGGUCGGGUAAGUUCUAUAAACGCCUCGGCAAGAUUCAAUCGGACCAAUGCUGGUUCAACCUGGCCAAGCAGAACUAUCAGCCUACGAUUCCCUACAAUCCACCGCUGGAGUUUGAAACAAGCAACGAUCCGCUGUCUCACUGGACGCAUCAUUUCAACGAGGCACUCGACGGAGGUUCCUGCCUAAAGCUGCGGAACGUUGAGCACGAUAAGCGCCUGUUUGCGUGUGACUUUUCCUGCGAAAAGGAUCUGAUCGUCUGUUAUGCCUACCGGCGCAGCAACCCAACCGGCGUAGAUCUCGCACUGAUUCUAAAGGCGUACUGUCCGCGGCGCUAUGAGUGCACCCGUAUCGUAUGCUCCGACAGGGACUGUCACGUGAGUGGUCGACCGAACGAGAUGCGUGCCAUACCGCUGGACAAAGAGGAAUCCUUGCAGCUGCUGAAACUUGGUGCGACAUCUCAGCUUCCUUUGGCGGACACGAUCAACGGCUGGGACAUAAGAUAUUACUACCUGUCUGCGGAGAAGCUUCCUUUGGGCAUCCGUAUUGUCGACAUAGGCCUUAAACUGCACAAGGAUCAAACGGCACACACCGCAGACUACGCGCUGCUUGGGGCUGUUCAUCUGCAGGCCGGUUUACCGGCACAUCGUCAAUAUCUGGCCCAGCGCACCGUGCUCUCUUUCGAACGUCCUGAAUAACGAUAGAGCAUGCUUUCCCCAGGCCAGCAGGCUCCUUGCUAUAUCAAUCUCUAACGUACUAAGAACCAGAAUGAAGCAUGAAUCCCGGAUGAUGCCGCCUGUGUUCCAAUUUGUGUAUUCGAAGACAAUAAA